GUCUAGGGAAGAUUGUACGUUCUAGUUAUAAAUAAAUAAUGGUCAUUCUAGUCCUCAUGCAGAUUAUAUAGCAUCAAGAUGCGCAAAACUAUGAAUAUAUCCCUUCUUUUUCUCCUUAUAAUAUCGAUAAAUAUUGCUUUUGGCAACAGUGGGAAUAAAACAAAUAUAUCGAAAAGCGGGCGUUCACACGCCAAACUAAACACGACGCCCAUCGCCAAGGCUCAGCGGAUGAAACGAUCUCUUAUCGAUGACGACGAUGUGCCACUUCAUUUCAAAACUGGGCACAAUAAAUACUACAAGCAAGACAGCGACGAACAUCAACUUACAGAAAGAGAUACACCAUUUUGGGCAAAUAGAGGCAGGCGCGUUAGCUCUUUGGCAGAAUCCGAUGAAUAUCCACUACAGGAAAUUGGUAGAUUUGUUAAUAAAUUAUGUAAAAGUUGUUACUCGACUGACGCAUCAAUGGACCAUGGCGGCGAUAUAAAAAGCAGAAGAGACGAGCUACCAUUCUGGGGUAACCGCGGAAGACGUAGUUCUGAAGAAAUCGAGGAACCCUUUUGGGGAAACAGAGGAAGAAGACAAGAUAGCCAAGACGAUCCAUUCUGGGGCACUAGAGGAAGGAGACAAGAUGACAGUCCCUUUUGGGGCAACAGAGGUCGGAGGGAAGAUGAACCAUUCUGGGGCAAUCGAGGCAGGCGCGAAGACGAACCGUUUUGGGGAAAUAGGGGCAGAAGAGAAGAAGAGCCCUUCUGGGGAAAUAGAGGGCGACGUCAGCAAGAACCUGAACCAUUUUGGGGUAAUAGAGGAAGAAGAGAGGACGUUGAACCAUUUUGGGGAAAUAGGGGCCGACGAAAACAAGAUCUGAAAGAAUCCAUUCUAGAAGCCAUCUCUGUUGUCGAGGGCGACAUUGAAAACCUCUCUCGGAUGAGGCGCGGUGGACACCAAACGUCAUUUUGGACGAACCGAGCCAGAGAGAGCAAACUGAAAAACUUAUUUAAUGGCUCUACGCGUAUAAGAUUACAAAGCUUUCCUAAUUAUUUAAAAAAUGUCAAUUCUAAUUCUAAUGAACCUGGCACUGUUCAUGACAAUAGAAUGUAUGCAGAAGAACCGCAUUACAUUCUGGUCGACAGAAGUAGUCGUUCUUCUGCAGAAGAUGACCCAUAUUAUAUUUCUAGGGGGAAAAAAUAUUAUCUCGAUCUUUCUAAAGUAGCGAGAGAUAGGCGAGGAGCUAUUGAGGAAAUUGUGAAAUCCGUGCGCAACGAUCCUUAUUAUAUAGCUCGGGGUAAAAAAGAUUCCGUUCCAAAUAAGAUUAAUAACUCUACAGCACCUCGUGAAGAUUUUGCAAAAGCUAGGGAUCUUAUCUGUUCUACGCUUGAAUUGAUAGCUAUGAAACCGGACGGAAAUAUAAAUAAAAGAGAGGUUAAUGAUCCGGAACGUGAAAGAAGAACGAUUUUGAAGAAAUUGGCUGCUCAAUUACAGAUGGAUCCUUAUUUUGUGAGUCGAGGGAAGAAGUCGGAAGACGACGAUACUUUAGAAUUUAUAACUGACGUGGCGUCCAAAUGUAACUAGCGCUUGAUCCAAGUUUACCACUGAUUUUAGCGACAUAAUUA